CUCCGACAAGAAGUAUCUCAUCUCGGCCAACCCUUUAACGCUCAGCCACGCCUCCCGGAUUGCUGCAUAGAGGUUGUCUCAGGGUCCAACCGGGUCCGGGCAUUUCAUUCCCGACUAUUUCCCUGCAAUAACCAGCGAGCCUACCCCCUCCCUCCGUCGCCAGCAAAGCGGAUUAUUAAAGAGACGGGUGUCCCCCCUGGGCUUCUACCGAGAUCGGUGGGCUCUAAAGCUGGAACUGUCACCAUGGUGUCCUGGAUCAUUUCCCGGCUGGUAGUGUUAAUAUUUGGCACAUUAUAUCCAGCGUAUUCAUCAUACAAAGCAGUCAAGACAAAAAAUGUUAAAGAAUAUGUAAAAUGGAUGAUGUACUGGAUUGUGUUUGCGUUUUUUACGACGGCGGAAACUCUUACUGAUAUUAUCCUCUCCUGGUUUCCAUUCUAUUUCGAGUUGAAAAUUGCAUUUGUGAUUUGGCUCCUCUCACCUUACACAAAAGGCUCCAGUGUACUGUACAGGAAGUUUGUCCACCCAACAUUGUCCAGUAAAGAAAAGGAAAUUGAUGAAUAUAUUGCUCAGGCGAGGGACAAGAGCUAUGAAACCAUGAUGCGGGUUGGAAAAAGAGGUUUGAAUAUUGCUGCGAAUGCUGCUGUAACAGCUGCUACCAAGGGUCAAGGGGUCCUCUCGGAAAAGUUACGCAGCUUCAGCAUGCAGGACCUGACGUUGAUUCAGGAUGAUGAUGUUGCUCAUUUACAGAGUCCAGAGCCUCGAGUACGUAGCGCUUCCACUGGCUUGGUAGAAACCAUUGCUGAUCCAGUGCCAACAAUCUGUGCAGCUGCUGAGGAUCCGCACCAUGCUGCCAAGCCAGACGCAGAACAGCCAGAUGUUAAAAUCGAGCAAUCAGAUGAAGAUGCCACGGAGAAAGUACCAAAGCGUACAGCCAGUGUCAAAAGUGUUAAAAAAGUGACAAAAGUGGAGGCACAGCCUAAGAACACAAAAGUACGCCCCAAGAAGAAAGCCACAGGGUCUAGCGUUUCCGGAGAGUCAGCAUGAACACUGUGUCUGCCCAGAAUUCGCCUUCUGCUGGAGACUUUUCGAGGACCAGGUGUAACAGAACUGCUUUUAGGGUCAUUCCAUGUGUGGGAUGAUCAAUAUCUGCAAGAAAACUGCAUUUUGUUAAGUAUAAGUAUAUUUUACAAAGCCACAUUGAGAUUUAUAUCUCAUAUCCCAGUUGUACUGGAAAACACUGACUGCAGUGGCUUGAAAAGACCUUCGCAAAAUAUUUUGCUUGACAGCAAUUCUUCAACUGAAGAACAAAGAUCCACUUUAUGGAUAAAAUGUGCCCAGUCUGUCACUUAUCUGCGGCUGCUUGGAUAGGUGAACUUGCCAAGUGUCAAAUCAGAUACUAGGACAGUCAACACGUUCAGUGAUCAAGGUGGGAUGGUGUAUAGUGGUUGGCAUGCAUAUGCAAUUGUAUUCUGAGGGGAUUUCAGACUUCUAUUUAAUAUAAAGAUACACACAGUGUAGUUGCACAGAUAUGCACAUUCAGUACUAUUUCACUACCAGCUUGUAUUAUUUGGGGUACCAUUGAAUGCUAAUCUUGAUAUAAGGUUGGCUGUAUGCAGAUGGAAAUUCUUAUACAGUUAUUGGGACGUAAAUUAUUUAAGGUGAUCAUUUUCUUACAGCAGGGUACAAAUGGCAAAUGGACAGGCAGUAUUUUUAGCAUAGUGUAGUCAUUUAUGGAUUCAGAUAUGGUGCUCUUUCUGAUUGUAACACUCCCACAAAAUGGGAGCAAAUAUAUUGUUCCAGUGAUAUAUGGUAAUUUCCACUACUAAUGGGAUCAUUUUUCAUUUACAUUAGAUGGGUGCAUAGGGGAAUGUCGGUGCCACAUACACACACAAAGGGCUGCAAUGGGUUUUGCUACUGCUCAUUUGUGGCCUGUGUAUUGUCAGUACGGCUCAGUGCUCCAUGGAAAGCACACACAGGGCAUGGCUUCACAAUUAAGUAAAUAAUGAUAUUGCAUCACUUUAUAAAAGUGAUUGUUUCCUGUUGCCCAAGGCUGGCAGCUAUACGCUGGGAGAAAUGUAUCAUUGUGCUACUGACAAGUCAGUGAAUUUAGCUGUGCUCUUCCUGCCUGUGCCAUGUUCUACUGUGUACAUUGCGAUUAACCACAAGAGGCUGACUGAUUUUUGCAUUCUAUGUUUAUUUUGGCUCAAAAAUGUGGCAGUGUAGUGUAAGGUAAUUUACAGAAGAUAGCAGUAUCUCUGCUUGCUCUAAAACUAGCGUUAGAGUGCUCAGUAGGGGCUGCAAGCCAAUGGCUGCUUGGGCUCCAGUAAUAAAGAAGGCUCUUCUCUAUUACUGGAAUGUGUCAUUUCAAAAGGCCACCUUACUCAGUUUGGGGGGCCCUAAAGUUAUUUUGCUCAGGAAUGCAGGAACUUCUAGUUGAAUUGGACCUAGCUCAGUAGACUUUUAAUGCCAGUUUUAAGCAAGCUAAACAUCAAAACCUGAGCUAGCUGACGGGGCUGGAGAAUAUGAUGAGGUUUGCAUGCAGGGCAGGGCAGAACAGGCAAACCUGUUCAAAUCAUCGCUAUCCAACCAGCGUGACACAACUUUUCUGUGAAAUGUUAUAUGUUUGCACAGCUAAUUUCUUUAGCAGCUGGAAAACUCACGCAGGCUUUGUCUGGUUGUAUGUAGACCCAUUGUAUUAGUGAACUAAGUGGCUGAUUGAUCACUCAUCACACGGUGUCUGUUUUUUCCAGUGUAAAACAAACUGUCGGCUGAACUAAUAGAAUCUCAUUGGGGGAAAAGGGAUUUAUCUUCCCAGAGUAAGGUUUUUAUGCUGGUAUGAUUCCAUGACUGACUGAAAGAGCAUUAUAUUAUGUAUGCUAGCUUGAAGGGCUUAAAGGAGAAGGAAAGGUAAAAACUAAGCUUUAUCAGAAAGGUCUAUGUAAAUACAGCCAUAAGCACUCACUGAAACGGUGCACUGACUUCUCUGUCAAAAGAAACACAGGAUUUCUUGUCUUCUUUUUGUAAACAUGUUCUUAGGGUAUCUGACUUCCUCCCUCAGAAAACCCCUUCAUUCUGGGGGCCAGAGUCUGCACAGCUCUCUCCCCUCUCCUGCUCCCCCUCCCAUAAGAAUUCAUAAAAGUCACUUCCCCCUCCCUUAGGAUUGUGUGAUCUGAGCUACAACUGCUAGAGCUGCAGAAGGAAGCUACUUAAAAUGGCAGCUGCUAUCUUAAACAAACAGAGGGAGCUUCUGGGACUCCUUACUCAGGUAUAAUAAAACUUUCUGCAGAAUAAAUAUAGUGUUCUAGGUGGCACUAAUGUGACCAAUCUAUUGGCAGUAAAUGGAAAAAUGACUUUCCUUCUCCUUUAAACCUGUUUCACAGGUUUAAGAAAAUACUGGAGCUAACCUGGCAGUGGUGGAUGGGAUGGGUGCACUAAAUGCAGCAGAUUAUGGUGUCGACAGUAAAGGCAUAACUAGGAGCUAGUGGGCAAUGCAGCAACACAUUUUAGGAUCCUAAAUAUUAAAGAAGAUGUUUUGUUUCACAAACACAUAUCAUCCUUUUUGUCCAGUUCAGGUAAGCGGAUGUUUGCCUUAUCUGAGCACCUAUAUAUUAGGUUAAAUUGGGCAGAAUUGAUUGUCCCUGUGGGGGUUCUUGGCCUGAUUUAUCAAUAUCUGAACAGACUCCAUUUAGAUACUGAUCUAUCUGGGCAUCCUUUUGGCAUAGUAUAUGGUCCUGUAGACUGAAAAAUCAUUGAUAAGCAGCUGAAUAGGCACCAUAAGAUACAAGACCCCCUCUCCUGGUACCUGCGCAGGAACCCUGAACCUAGCUGGUAUACAUUUAGUAACUGGGACAGUUGUACUCUGGCCUUUUUGUAAACCUUAGACAACAGCCUGUGUUCUGCAGCAUAUACAGGGUAGGCACUAUUACAACAUCUAAUAUAUGUAUUUGCGAUGUCUAGGAUUAAAAACAUUAUAAAAAUUAAAUAAUAACACAGUUUACAGACAUUACUGUGAAACUAAAUUCCAUUUGGCACAGACAGAGGUUAUAACUUAUGUAUGAUAUAUAGUAACAAGGGUAUCCAACUCCCCUGAUCUCCAGAUACUCUUCAGCUGCACUUCCAAAUAUACUUGGGUUACUGGAAAAUGAAGGCCUUAAACAACUGGAGGGAGACUAGUAUAUCCUUAAUAGAAACAUGAAAUAUACAUGUGGAGUUUGCUUUGCUUUUUCUACUGCCUGUGGACACACUGCUGAAAAUCAGUCUGAAACCCACCUAUGAUCAGAGCCUUACACUCCUGGGCAGUAACUGUGUCUGCUAAGCUGUAAGUAAGGGAGACAGUGACUAGAACUGCUGAAAGCUUAUGACAGACACAGAUAGUUUGUGUCCUUUCAUCUGGCUGCAAUCAUUUUGAUUUGGCCUGUUAAAAGGAAGCUGGUGAUGGAUUCAUAUACAUACAGUUUGCACACACAGUACAUUUUGCUCUAUUUAACAAGUUUAGAAUAUAAUUUGUUGUAACAACCAGCUUCUGUUCUAGGGAUCUAGGAAGUUAACUUUUAGUAUGAUCUAUAAUGCCUAUUCUUAGUAACUUUAAUUGGUUUCCAUUUUUUUUUAAUAGUUUUUGAAUUGCCUUCCUCUUCUGUCUCUUUUCAGCUUUCAAAUGGGAGUCACCGACCCCAUCAGCCAAAAAACGACAUUUGUAUAUUUAUUUUUUUAUUACUCAUCUUUCUAUUUAGGUCGUUUCCUGCUAAUAUUUAAAGUUCUAGUUAAACCACUGCCUGGUCACUAAGGUAUAUUGGUCCCUAGCAACCAGAUAUCAUUGAAACUAAAAAUGAAGUCAUUAAAAAAACCAGGAAAAAUGAAGACCAGUUGCAAAAUGUCUGCAUCAUACUAAAAUGUCAUUUAAAGGUGAUCGACCCAUUUAGAGGACUAAGUAUGGGAGCCAAGUAUGUGUGCAGGGACUAGAGGUAACACUUGCACUGCUUUUGAUUGUAUUUGAUUACUCAGUCCAUUUGUAAUUGAGUCUAUAAAUUAUAUUGUGUUUUGCCAAUUAAUAUGAUUGGUGCUUAUUGAAACCCAUUAGCAUUCUAGGUUGAGCCAGUUACAGUAUUAGAAGAAGACAGUAGGUUUCACCUGGUAUUGACAAGUUCCCACUGCGCUGGCGCUACAUACAAGUUUAUUCAGUAACCUAGAUAAGGUUUGCCUUAGUCUUAUAACCCAUAGCAACCAAUCAGCAGUUAACUUCUAUAGGUUUAGUACUGUUAGAAAAAUGUAGAUCAUUAGAAAAAUGAUCAUGUAGAAAAAUUAUUGUUUGCUGUAGAUCACUGGAGAGGGCAAAUGUUUGGCCAUUUUAUUAUAUAACCCCAUAGAAUUUCUCCAUGCAUUUUUACAAAUUGUUUUCCUUUUCAUAAAUUACUAUGAAAAAUAUUGUUGACCAAAGAAGUGAAUGUCUCACCCAGAGAAAAAGGCAGUGGAACAUCAGUGACCAUGAAAAACUCAUGUACAGUACAUACAUAUAAUGAACACACGCUUCCCUUACUUUCCUGUUUAAUUUGCACUUAGCAUGCACUACAAUAAAUGGCGUGCACUGCCUGCAAAGGCUCAAAGCAGGGAUGGGCCACAAUUAGGAACAUUAGGAUGUGAAACAGAAGCUUUUACAUUCACUGAUGGUACUGUGAAAAAUGAACAAUGUUAUUGGAAUCACUCUGAAUAAUUGAAUGUGUUAUGAGCAAUGACAAUUGAAAAAAAAAAAAAAAA